UGGUGGACCCCAAGACAAGGGAGGAGGUAAAACAGAUUUUGGUGCCCUCCUCUUUGCGGAAGCGAGUGAUGGAGUGGGUGCAUGAUGGAGCGGGCCAUUUGGCUGCGGAGAAGGUGGGUGUGAUGGAGUGGGUGCAUGAUGGAGCGGGCCAUUUGGCUGCGGAGAAGGUGGGUGUGAUGGAGUGGGUGCAUGAUGGAGCGGGCCAUUUGGCUGUGGAGAAGGUGGGUGUGAUGGAGUGGGUGCAUGAUGGAGCGGGCCAUUUGGCUGUGGAGAAGGUGGGUGUGAUGGAGUGGGUGCAUGAUGGAGCGGGCCAUUUGGCUGCGGAGAAGGUGGGUGUGAUGGAGUGGGUGCAUGAUGGAGCGGGCCAUUUGGCUGCGGAGAAGGUGGGUGUGAUGGAGUGGGUGCAUGAUGGAGCGGGCCAUUUGGCUGUGGAGAAGGUGGGUGUGAUGGAGUGGGUGCAUGAUGGAGCGGGCCAUUUGGCUGUGGAGAAGGUGGGUGGAGUCGCAUGGAGACGAUUUAUUUGGCCAGGGAUGUACAAGCAAUUGAAGGAGUAUUGCCAAAAGUGCGAACGGUGUGGCUUAAGGAAGACGCCAACCGCUAAAGUAUGUGCCCCGUUGGUCCCAAUUAAAUCAAUGUAUCCCCUUCAGAUGGUGUCGGUGGACUUUCUGAGCCUGGAGGCAUCAAGAAGUGGAAUGUGCUGGUCAUAGUGGACCAUUUUACACGGUAUGCGGUCGCAGUGGCCACUCUGGACCAGAUGGCGGUGACAACGGCACAGGCCUUAUGGACCCAUUUUAUUCAGCCAUUUGGGGGGUUUGAUCAAUUGCACUCCGAUUAGGGUCCAAAUUUUGAAGUAGCGGUUAUUCGAGAACUCUGUGAGUUGUAUGGAAUAAAGACGACGCACACGACCCCAUAUCACCCCUCAGGGAAUGGACAAUGUGAGCGGUUUAAUCGGACAUUAUUGGACAUGUUGGGGACACUUGCAGAAGGCCAAAAAGAGGAAUGGGAUAAGUAUGUGCUGGAGAUGGUGCAGGCUUAUAAUAACACACCUCAUUCCUCUACAGGCUACAGCCCCUAUUUCUUAAUGUUUGGACGUCAUGCUAAAUUACCUUUUGACAUGUUGGUAGGUGGUGGAGACGGUUUUUCAGGGACGGUGAACAGCUGGGUGUAUCAGCACCAUAAGAGGUUAGUGGCUGCUUAUACACAUGCUCAACAUCAGAUUAAAAAAUCAAGUGCAAUGCAGAAAAGGGGUUUUGACCGAAAGGUAAAAGCAGAACCUUUGGUACCAGGACAGAGUACUGGUUUUGAACAGGCGGGCCCGUGGACCAGGGAAAUUGAGGAAUAGGUGGGAGGUUAAAGCCUAUGUUGUUGUGUUGCAGCCUAAUGUGGAAUUGCCAGUGUAUGUGGUGAGAUCUUCUGGUAAUGGACAAGAACGGGUGUUGCACCAAAAUCUGAGUCCAUGUUGGUUUGAUGACCCGGAUCCAACCACCGUAGCGGAGGAAACGGAGGUUGAGAGGCCAGCAGUGACUAGUGACUGGAGGGACU